AUGUCUAACAAUAAGGAGGUUCUGCAGAGUUUUCCUAUCGAAGACAGAGGUAAGGGUAUUGCUGACUUGGACCUAGAAGUUGAUCCACUACCAAUAGAGAGAGCAUUAGGUGUAUUCUGGUGCGUGGAAAGUGAUACAUUGCAGUUCCGAAUUGAGCUUAAAGAUCGCCCUCUUACUAGACGGGGAGUUCUAUCCACUGUUGGCUCAAUUUAUGACCCUAUCGGCCUUGCAAGUCCAGUGACUCUGAGAGGAAAACAGAUUCUCCAGGACCUCUGCAGAAGGAAACUUGAUUGGGACAGCCCCUUACCCGAUGACGUCCGACCACAGUGGGAGAAAUGGAGAUCUGAAAUAAGUGAACUCGAGAAACUAAACGUCCCAAGAUGCUACAAGCCUCCAAACUUCGGCAAAGUAAAGCGUACGGAGUUACAUCACUUUUCAGAUGCAAGUUUUGAUGGUUACGGACAGUGCUCUUAUAUUCGCCUGGUGAAUGAAGAGGACAAAGUGUGUUGCUCUCUCGUGACAGCCAAAUCAAGAGUAACCCCACUCAGACAGAUGACUAUUCCCAGACUCGAACUGACGGCUGCCACUGUAUCAGCAAAGAUGAGUACAUUUCUAAGGAAAGAAUUGACAGUGGCUAAACCUCAAGAAUUCUUCUGGACAGAUAGUCAAGUAGUCUUGGGUUACAUUCGUAACGAAGCAAGGAGAUUCCAUGUCUUCGUGGCAAAUAGGGUGCAACAGAUACAUGACGAAACAAACCCCAAAAGAUGGUUCUAUGUGAACACAGAAGACAACCCUGCUGAUGAGGCGUCUCGAGGGAUGACAGCAAAGGAGCUCGUUGAAAGUAGCCGCUGGCUGGUUGGACCGAAGUUUCUUCAUGAGAAAGGAGAAUUCAAGAUUCCUACAGAGCAGUAUAAAGCCAGCUGUGAGAAAGAUGACCCAGAAGUUAGACAUGUGUCGACCUUGUCUACAAUGACUGCUAGAGCCAACCACUUCGAGAUUAGUCGCCUCCAGCAUAUCUCAAGCUGGCAACGUGCCAAGAGAGUGGUAGCACUAUGUAUGAUGUUCAAAAGUAAACUACGAAAGAGAGAAGUGAAGAGGAAGACAAGCCCUAAAUUGAACCGUCCACUCCAACGUGUUAUCUUGACAGUUGCAGAAGUCGAUGCAGCAGAAACUGAAAUAAUCCGAAACUUGCAGAUAGAACAUUUUCGUGACGAAUUGAUGGUACUUCGCAACUUAGGCUCUGGUGAGCAAAAUGACAGACAGACAGCAAGAAAGAGAAACAGUGAAAUCAAGCCAAUCAGUUCUCUAUAUCGUCUAGAUCCAUACAUUGGCAGUGAUGGUAUCAUGCGAGUUGGUGGAAGAAUCGACAAAGCUGCCGUACCUGACGAAAUCAAGCAUCCCGUCAUCAUGCCGAGAAAUUCUCAUAUGACGACAUUGCUCAUAAGACACAAGCAUGAGCAGGUUCACCACAUGGGAAGAGGAAUCACACAUAAUCAACUGAGACAAAAUGGAUACUGGGUGAUUGGUGGUUCUUCUGCAGUUUCCAGUAUCAUAUCAAAGUGUGUCUUGUGCAGAAAAAUGAGAGGACCAUUGCAGCAACAGAAGAUGGCAGAUCUGCCAAAAGAUCGCCUAGAACCGGCACCCCCAUUCACAUACUGUGCUGUGGACUACUUUGGACCUUUCAACAUCAAAGAAAAAAGAAGUAUUGUGAAAAGAUAUGGAGUACUUUUCACUUGUAUGGCAUCAAGAGCCAUUCAUCUAGAAGCAGCAAAUAGUCUCACAAGCAGUAGCUUCAUCAACUGCCUCCGGCGGUUCCUCACUCGUCGUGGACCAGUCAGACAGAUCAGAUCUGAUAGAGGGACUGCUUUCGUUGGCGCUAGAAACGAGUUGCGGGAAGCAAUGAGAGAGUUGGACCAGGAAUCUAUCCAGACGUAUCUACUAGAGAAUGGAGUUGAUUGGAUACCCUUCCAGAUGAACACGCCGAGUGCAUCUCACAUGGGAGGAGUUUGGGAGCGCCAGAUUGGUACAGUACGCAGAGUCCUUGAACCCCUCCUCAUGAAUUCAGGGUCACAACUAGAUGAUGAAUCCUUCCAGACGUUCCUUACUGAAGUGGAGUCAGUUGUCAAUUCCAGACCACUGUCUACAGCUAAUCUAUGUGCAGGAGAUGCCCCUGAACCGUUGACUCCGAACCAUCUUCUAACCAUGAAGGCAAAAGUUGUGAUGCCUCCCCCAGGCAAGUUUCAGCGAGAAGACGUGUAUGCUCGGAAGUGGUGGCGUCGUGUGCAGUAUCUAGCGAACGAAUUCUGGAGUAGAUGGAAGCGUGAAUAUCUCCAAGACAUCCAAACAAGACAGAAGUGGGUCCAUCCAAAGCGUGACCUCGCGAUAGGCGACAUUGUCAUUGUAAAAGACUGCAGCGAUACUCGAAGUCAGUGGCCACUAGGAAGAGUGACAGAAGCCUACAAAUGUGAUGACGGCCGAGUUCGUAAAGUGAAACUGAUCAUGGCUGAUCGCGAUCUUCGAAAAGACGGUAAACGUAAGCAUGAGCCUAGAUUUUGGAAAGACCCAUACAUAAGCUCGUUUUGA